AUGUGUCGCAAUAUAAGCAACAUGCGGCUCGCACUUUUCGCCGUAGUGCUUAUUCUACCGGUUUUUGAAGGAGAGGGGUUUGGUGUUGAUAACUGCUUUCGUGCUCUUCUUCGGAGUGGAAAUAAAUAUUGCGAACGCUUUGGAUAUGGCAAAUAUAAUGGUUGGAUUUUUGGCUUGUGCGAGCUCGGAUGCGGAGACCAGAGGGUGCCGUUGCCAAAGAAAGCUUGCCCCAACGGUACUAUGCACAAUCCCUGCACCGAAGAAGAGCUAGAACACCUCCAAAAGUGGGCUAAGAACUUGUAA